CAAGUCGGUCUUUAACCCAAUUGAUGUGGUUGUGAAGAAAUGCUGUUUGCAUUUCCAAAAUGACAAUUAUGCAAUCUAAGAUAAUUCCGAAGUGUCAUUUAUUGACAAACACUUACUUCUAUUUGUUAAAGAGGCUUUGUUGAAGGACAGCUCAAAGAACUUAGUAUACGGCUUCGAUGAUGCCAAAGAAGAACAAGGCUAUAUGCUUAACUUGAAGUUAGGCUACAAGCACAAGAGGAAGCCUAGAUACGCUUUCUUUGUGGAAGCAAAAGGACCUAAUAAAACAAGCAUAUAUCAAGCAGAUGAUGAUUAUGUGAGAUUGAUGAAGCAAAUGAAAACAAGCAUUGGUAUACAGGUCGAUAUGGGCUUUCAAAAUCCUAAAUCUCUUGGAUUGCUAGUUGAAAGCUGGCGAUGUAAGUUGUACAGUAUGAAAUUAGUUGAAGAAGCUAUUUACUUACCAGCGAUGAUAAAGAGGUUUUGGCUUGUUGAAAAAAUUGAACAAGUCAUAAGCAUCCUUUCCACUGUUGAAGGUGUGAUGUUAAAAGAGAGCUUAAAGAAUUCAAGGACAUAUUAAAGAGUGGAAGCGGAAGCGAUGCACUUGUAAAAUUUAGAAAACAACCCUUUUAUACCAAGUUUAAAAAAGAAGACAGUUAAAUAACUGAAUUGUAAAUAUCAAUAAAAAACCCUAUUUUCAAACGCAAAUCACUGUA